UUCGUUUAAAUAUUUUUAUGGCAGUGUAUCAUCCUGUUGAGGUCAUGCAGCCAAUUAUCAUUAAGGAACAAAAAGGAAUUCUACUAGCUACUAUAUUCUAUAUACUAUAUACUAUAUACAUGUAUACUAUAUAUACCAAUUAUAACAUAAUUAUGUUUAAGGACUGCAUGAUAUAUAAAUAGUUUAACUCAAAAGUGUUAUUGUAAUCAAAUCUUGAAGUUUCAAUUGUUGAAAUUUCUGUAACUGUUUCUGCAACUGCCUUCUGCCUAGCUGUAGAUGUUGUCAUUCUACAUUUCUUACAUUGACUAAACCGAAAGAAACAUGUAGUAACUGUCUUUGUUUAAACACAGAGGACUUUCUCUAAUGUUUUAUCAUCAGUUUCUAUUAUUCUCAUAAAUUUCAGUUCAAUACCGAGCUGAUUUGUUAUGAAACUUAUACAUUUUCUUAAACAAUAUUCUUACUAGUAUGCACAAAGGCGUUUCAGAAGUGUUAUAGCAUAAUAUCCCAACUCACUAACUGGAACCAGGCUCGACUGGAAUGCUUGAGAAAAAAUAUGUCGCUUGUGUCAAUGCUGUCAUUGUCUGAAAUGCGUUUUAUCAAGUAUUUGCUACGAGAGAGAAGAUAUCUGGACGGACAUCCUUCUAAUUUCUUUGAUGCCGAGUUUUACGUUCACAUAGGAUUAAGUCUUGGAACAAAAUUUAGUUAUGAGGUUCCUAUUUGGGAAAACGGAUUUUACGCAACAUAUUUCACAGCAAGAAACAGACAGAAAGUUUCAACAGGCAACUGCACUCGGAUGAACUUUAAACUUUUCGAUGAUGAUUUUACAUGGGAAUACGAGGAUUGCGAAUAUAAACUUGCGGAAUAUACUAUGUGCGAAUACAGACAGCAAGGCAAACGCACUCGUCAAGUGAAGUCGCUGUCUACUUGGGUUGAUACAGAAAUAGAGGUAGUACCAGAGCAAGUACCAGCUUCAGAGUAUAACAGCAAUAUCAAUACAACAGUGUCUGGUAAAAAGUGCAAAGACUCACAGUGCGAGUUUAGUGAGUCCCUGAGAUUUGUUGCCUGUGUAAACAUCGAUGGAAUAUGGGAAGAAUGCAGUAUCAAUCUACCCACCCGGAUGAAUUCAAGUAAAGUCUACUACAAAUAUUUGGGAAAUCAGAGUACCUCUUUUAGUGGAAAAAUAUGUCAAAGAUGGGACGUAAAGUAUCCACACAACCACGACCUACAUGGAAACCUUUUUAAGGGAGAGGGCAUAUCAGACGCUUCUAAUUACUGUAGAGACCCUGUAGAAACGGGAUAUCUUUGGUGCUUUACAACAGAUGCUGACACAAGAUGGGAACCCUGCUUAUUAAAUGAAAUAAAAGCAAAGCGUUAUUGUACAACAAAGUCAAGCCAAAAAUAUACCGGGAAUAGAAAUACAACAAUAACUGGAAAGGCGUGCCAGAGGUGGGACAAGCAGGAUUUGAAGAACGCUGAUUUUCCAAAAAUAGAUCUAACUGAUGCAUCGAACUAUUGUCGUGAUCCUUAUGGUUUUGGUUAUGAUUGGUGUUACAUUGAAGCCUUCCAGCAGGAUCAGACAUGGGAACCUUGUCAAAUAAAUGAAAUAGAGGGUGUAGAACUUGCUGAUGACAUCGUAAUAGAAAUUGAUAAUACCUCGGAUAAUGCACUUAUAUGUGACAAUGGAAGAGUGAUUCAAUCGUAUUUCAAAUGUGAUGGCAAAUUUGACUGUAAAGAUCACUUUGAUGAAAUAGAUUGUGUGUACUCAGGCAAGUUUAUCAACAGUGAAUUUCACUGUUGUAAUGUUUUCUUUAAAUAUGGUAAAGUUUUAGACACGAACUCAACGAACCGCAAUAUAAGCCCAGUCAUAUGA